AUGGCAUCAGGCUCAGAGGCUGUUGGGGCUUCCUCCCAUGACAAAAGGAAUGGCCAAAUGAACGGCAAACCAAAAACGUCUUCCCCGCCAUGGGCGAAACGCAGCAAUGGACGUUGCAUCAAACGUCAGGAAGUCGAGAGAACUUUCGCCAAAUAUGCUGAAUUCAGCGGUGACUUUACCCAAGCGAAGAAAGCUGUAUCUAAUGGCAUUUUCAAGGAAGUGAAAUGGAUGGGCUUGAAAGGCAUCCGCACCUUGCUGGCUGUGGUAAAAAGCAAGACCUCUGGCACACUCACGGAUGAUAAGGAAUAUCUCAUGGAACGAAUUAUUCAACUCGUGGCCAGUCUGCCUCCCGAAUCAACAGCCCGUGUAAAGCUCACCAAUAGCUUCGUCAAGUCGCUGUGGAUUUCCCUACCCCAUCCACCACUAUCGUAUCUCGGUGACGAAUAUCGCUACCGAGCCGCAGACGGGUCCAACAAUAAUCCUUUGUUUCCUCGUCUCGGGGCCGCCAAUACAGCUUACGCGCGAUCCAUCAAACCUUCAACUAUUCAACCUGCUGCGCUACCAGACCCAGGUCUGGUCUUUGACAGUCUUUUCGCGCGCCAGGAAUUCAAACCACAUCCAAAUGGUGUCUCCAGCAUGUUUUUCAACUGGGCAUCUUUAAUAAUCCACGAUCUCUUCGAGACAGAUCCAAGGAAUCAACACAUCUCUCUGACGUCUUCAUACCUUGACCUUUCCACACUCUAUGGAGAUAAUCAGCAACAGCAGGACGACAUGCGUACCUUCAGAGAUGGAAAACUCAAGCCUGAUACCUUUGCGGACCCAAGGCUAAUCGCCCUUCCACCUGGUUGCAGUGUUAUUCUCGUAUUGCUAAAUCGGUUCCAUAACUAUGUCGUUGAGCAACUGGCCCAUAUCAACGAGAAUGGUCGAUUUACCAAACCCCGUGAUGACCUUGCAUCUGAAGAGUCGAGAAAUGCAUGGGCUAAAUAUGACAAUGAUUUGUUCCAGACCGGCAGACUUAUAACUUGUGGCCUUUAUAUAAAUAUCACGCUAUAUGAUUAUGUGCGAACCAUCAUCAACCUCACACGCACCAAUACUAACUGGAGUUUGGACCCACGAGUUAACAUGAAGAAAGGUGCCAAGCCAGAAGCAGCCGAAAGUGGUGUUGGAAACCAGGUGUCUUUCGAGUUUAAUCUUGCUUACAGAUGGCAUUCAACCAUCGGUGAAAUAGAUGAGAAAUGGAUUGAGGAAAUCUAUCUAGACCUUUUUGGUAAAACCGCUGAAGAAAUCUCAAUGGAAGAACUGAUGGCCGGAAUGGGAAAAUGGAAAAGGAACCUUCCCAAAGACCCUGCUCAGAGAACAUUUGCAAAGUUGGAACGACAAGCAGAUGGGCGAUUUAAGGACGAAGAUCUAGUUAGAAUUAUUACAGAGGCAACUGAAGAAGUCGCGGGAACAUUCGGUCCUCGAAAUGUCCCUAAGGCCCUUCGAGCGGUCGAAAUUCUGGGAAUUCAUCAGGCUAGGAAAUUCGGCUGUGGCUCCCUGAAUGAGUUCCGGAAAUUUUUUGGCUUGAAGGAGUACGAGACAUUUGAGGAAAUUAACUCCGACCCUAUUAUCGCUCACCAACUUCGGAGUUUGUAUGAGCAUCCUGACUAUGUGGAGCUUUACCCAGGCAUUGUCUCGGAAGAGGCGAAGAUCCCCAUGGUUCCUGGUGCUGGAAUAUGUCCAACCUAUACAAUAUCCAGAGCUGUUCUCUCGGAUGCGGUAGCACUCGUCCGUGGGGACCGAUUCUACACCACGGACUACAAUGCUAAAAAUUUGACGAACUGGGGAUAUGCUGAGUCUCACUAUGACCUUAGCGUCAACCAAGGUUGCAUGUUCUACAAGUUGAUGCUGCGCGCUCUCCCCAAUUAUAUCAAGCCCGACUCUAUCUACGCACACUAUCCUAUGACAAUACCGAGUGUUAACAGAGAGAUUUUCACGAAGCUCGGGAGGGAAAGUCACUUUUCUUGGGAUCGCCCAGCGCUAAUCCCACCUCGCAUUGAUCUCACCUCGUAUAAUGGGACAAAGACAAUUCUAGAAAAUGUGAGGGAUUUUCGGUUUACCUUUGGGGACGCGGCUACUUCUCUCUUCGGGAGCCAGAGUUUCAAUGUAUCCCAGUCCGAAAUAUUAGACGAAACUUUUAGGCAAGAUUCAUGGCGUCAGAACGUGAAAAAGUUCUACGAGGAUAUUACCCUCAAUCUUCUGAGGCAAAAUUCAGUUCGAGUUGCUGGAAUUAACCAGAUCGAUAUCACGCGGGAUGUUGGUAAUCUCGCGCACGUCUAUUUCGCGGCGAGCACCUUUGACCUUCCCCUCAAAACCAAGGAGAAUCCCAAGGGUUUAUUCACGGACCGUGAAAUGUUCAUGGUGAUCGUGGCUAUUUUCACCAGCGUAUUCUUCGACGUGGAUCCCACAAAAUCGUUUGCCCUAAGACAGGUGACGCGAGAAGCAGGAGAAGAGCUUGGAAAAGUUGUAGAAUCGUACGUCAAAUCUGCCAAGGGAUUCACAUAUCUGUCAGGUAUUUUUGAUCGUUUCCAAAAACAUGACAACCCAUUGGCCAAGUAUGGGCUUGAUGCGACCCGCAAACUCUUGAAGUGCGGACUUAGCGUCUCAGAGGUGGCUUGGUCACAACUCCUUCCCAUAAUAUGCACUGCGGUUCCGAGUCAAGCUCAAGUUUUCACUCAAAUCAUAGAUUUUUAUUUGUCGGAUGAGGGCAAAACACAUCUUCCAGAGAUCAACCGUCUUGCACAUGAAGACUCCCCGGAAUCCGAUGCGAAACUUCUCCAUUACUGUAUGGAGGGGAUCCGACUUAACGGAACAUUCAAAUCAUACCGCGAGGCAAAUACAAACGUUUUGAUAAAUGAUACUGGUCGUGACGUUGUCGUCAACGAUGGAGACAAGGUUUUCGUGAGCAUGAUCUCCUCUUCCAGAGAUCCAAAUAUAUUCCCCUCUCCCGACGACGUGGUUCUCGAUCGGCCUCUAGAAUCCUACAUCCAUUUUACCGAUAGUGCAUUUACCUGCUUUGGGAGAGGUGCACAUAUGGUAGCACUAACUUCCAUGCUGCGUGUUGUUGGGCGUCUAGAUAAUCUGCGCGCUGCUCCAGGCCCCCAGGGCCGAUUGGUCAAAGUUACUCGUCCCAAUGGACAUUUCGCCUAUAUGAGAGAAGACUAUGGUAGUUACUCUGUCCUCCCAAUGACUUUGAAAGUUCACUAUGAUGGUGUGCUCCCUGAAUCAAUAUAA